AUGAGGGCGAGGAUGGCUGGCGGUGACGCGGGGUACUCGUACGGGGAGUACUUUGCCGACAAGAGGGAGAAACAGAGGAGGCAGGAUGAGGCCGCGAGGGGUUUUGCAAGUCGCGGUGGGAUAUUCGCAGGGCUUGUCGUGUACGUGAACGGGUACACGCGGCCGUGGGAUAGGCUUAAAUUGCACGCAGAGAUCGUGAAACAUGGUGGUGAGUUCUGCCACUAUAUGUCAGGGAAACGGCAAGUGACACAUAUAAUAGCUUCAAACCUCACACUCAAGAAAUUCGUAGAGUUUCGUAACUAUAAAGUGGUCUCCGCUCAAUGGGUAGUAGACUCAAUACAGCGGGGGAGAUUGCUCCCCUGGCAAGAUUACAGAGUGGAGGGGCAGGGGGAUGAUCAACAGAAACUAGACUUGAAAGCACUGCGUGCAACGAGCACGACCGAUUGUAAUGGACCCGAUUUCAUUACUAACUACUUCAGUAACUCACGGUUACAUUUGUUGUCCUCAUGGAAGGCUAAACUGUACAGGGAGGCGCUGAUCAGGUUUCAAAAAGGUGCAGUACAUUUGCCCCAGGGCAACGAUACACUCACGGUGUUCCAUAUCGAUUUCGAUUCUUUCUUCGCUAUCACUGCAUACUUGUACAGACCUAUCGAAUACAGGGACUGUGAAUUCGAUAAAGAUCCAAUAGUCGUCUGUCACGGUAAACAUAACUCCGAUAUAGCAUCCUGCAAUUACGUAGCAAGAGGGUACGGAGUCAAGAACGGUAUGUGGGUCCGUGAGGCGGAGAAACUGAUGCCUGGGGGGGUCCACCUAGUUAAAUUGCCCUACUGUUUCAAACAGUUCAGAGACACUUCGGACCUGUUCUACAAGAUCCUCAUUGAAGAGUUUAAAGACGAGUUCGGAGGGCUCGUGUACCCAAUCUCCAUAGACGAACUGCUGGCAGUCAUCGUCAAUUGUAAAUUGGACACGGCACAGUUAUGCGAGCGUAUUAGACAACGUGUAUUUGAACAAACACAAGGUUGCUCGGUCAGUAUUGGCGUCGCGGGGACAAGAAUAGGUGCAAGACUCGCACUCAAACUGGCUAAACCAAACGGGUACAAACUUUGGCCCAGCCCACAGGAGGACGACACAGCGUUCCUUGACAAAUUGGUGCCAUCAGAUAUCCCCGGUCUGGGCCCAUCUCUGCUCUCCCGAUUGCACGCCUCAUACCCACAGGUCAAGACUCUUCUACAAUUGAGAGGACUCACAUUGAAACAGUUGCAGACACCCUUGGGAGAGAAAGUUGGGGAAAAGACAUUCUACAGGUUAAGGGGUCAGGACGACCCAGAGUCACUGAAACUCCUGUAUGAACCAGAGACCGUGUUGCAAAGGAAAACCAUCUCGGUAGAUAUCAAUUGGGCAAUAAGGUUCAGGACAAUUGAACAGGUGGACACUUUCAUGGACCGCUGCGCCACGUUCAUACUGGAGGACAACCCAGAGGUCCUCACGGCGCAAGUGACUCUAAAGAUCAUGCAGCGGUGUGCAGACGCACCCUUGGAACCAACCAAGUACCUUGGAAUGGGGAGGUGCAACGCACUCUCGCAGAGUUCCAAUUUGGGGCUCCCCACGAGGGACCCAGGUGUAAUUAUCACAGAGCUGCAUAGCUUGUUCCGGAAAGUCAAUUGUCUGCCAGGUGACGUCAGGGGGGUCGGCGUCAGCCUUAGCAAGCUCACAUCUGUGGGCCGUACUGUUGGGCACGCUGUGGGGCCACUCCGGAACCAACCCACGUUGCCCUUUCUGCAAUCUACGAGGACUCCUAAUUCAACAACAACAACAACGCCUGUUGAGAAUAGUCGAAAACGGUGUGUGUCCCCCUUGAAAACGUUGAGAAUAAACGAAGAAAAUGACAGCAGGUCACAAGCGACAACGGAGUACCAGGAGCAGUUCCUCAGCGAACUGCCCACCCAGAUACGACGUGAGAUAAACAGAGAACAGGCCAUCAAACGGAAAGUCGAGAGUACUAAAUUGGAUAAGAUUCGCGCCGAUGCACAGAAACGGCAGAAGGCGCAGGACACGUGCAAGGACCACUUCUUGGGGCAGGACUCUCUGUUUGAGCCUAUCAAGUUCCAAGGCUGCUCAAGAUUCAAAGAUAUAUGCAAGCUGAUCAACAAAUGGAUCGACCAAACCGCGUGCGAGAGCAAAGGACCGCACCCUAGAGAUGUCAAGUUGUUCAGAAGGUACCUCGUUAAACUGGCUGCCUCGAACCGGACUCACCUGCUUUUGCAAAUUGCGAACCUUAUAUCGUUGAACUUGAACUUGAAGGCAUCGGAUUCAGAUAAAGAAGUUGUGGAUGCUACUCGGUCAGGAUUACAGGAAUGGGAUAACAUAUUGCUGCACACCGUGGUAAAGAUCCUCAACGAGAACAAGACAACUUUUCAGAGGGAACGCAAAGUGAAAAUAGAGUUCGAUAUAUGA